CUCCCGUGAGGCACUGCGGCGCGCGCUGUUGAAGGCAGCAGGGAACGCCGGCGGCAGCCGCCUGAGGUAAGGGGCUCCGGUUCAGAGCUGGCCAGGUCGCCUCUACCCUCCUGCAGCCAGCUCGAAGCGCCGAUAGAGGUCACUGGGCUCGGGCGUGGGGUGCGCGGGAGGCUGAGGUUUCCUGCCAGGGGUGGGGGUGCUUGGCCAGUCAUCUGGCUGGGGUUGGUAAAUUUUUUUUCCCCGGGUGCUGCGGAUAAAAGGCCUCAGUCAUACUGGGCAAGCGUUAAACCUGAAAUAUACUCCUAUCCUUCAUGCGUCUUUUAAAAACAGCAGUUCGGUGCUUUUGUGGAUGUGUUGUAUUAGGGAUCCGAAGUAUCAUAACUGGAUACUUCAGAAACAAACAAAAACCAGCCCAGAGAUUUUGCUCACAGAAUGUCAAACGUUUAGAGAUUUUUAAGGCCUGCCACUGCCACUGACCUUCGGGCUCAAGUCGUGGAUCGUUGUGCGCUGGGUGAAAAAAAUACUUUUUGCUUGAUGACUGCUGGGUACUUUGAAACUUGUCAGUUCGCCCUGGUUUUCUCUGCAUUAGACUGGUUAAAUCUGGAGAUUGAGUCGUUUGAACCUGAUGAAUGCUGACUGAGGUAAAUAUUUAGUUGAUCUUCCUCAAAAAAAGUGACAUAUUUCUAUUUCCUAACUAGUAACGACAGGUGAAAACAACUAUUAUCUUACAAAAUAUAGUGUAUUUUAAAUAAUUUCAUCAUUGGAAAAAUGUCUUUAUUGUUAAAUUUUCACUAAUUAGAUUUUCAUUACUGUUGCAGUGCCCUGAGCAACGCCCUAAUUGCUAAUGUUUUCCUUUAUUUGCAUCAGAUAACGAACCUGCAUUUGCCUUUCAUUUAAGUAGCUUCCUGAUGUCAUCUGAUAAAAUUAUCUGUAUAUUUAAAAUGCAUUUGCCUUGUUUGUGGUCUAAUACUUAUUUUCUUCCCCUCUAGGAAAACACAUUAUAGAUUGUAUUUUUCCCCCUUCUUCUGUGGACUUAGUGUAAACAUGCUUUUUUCUGUUUGAAUUUAGUUUUUAAAAAUCAUUACCAUAGAUUCUUAUCAAAUAUAAGAAACAGGGGUAGUUAAACGAUGAGUUGUGGAAAGGAGUUCGUGGAAACAUUGAAAAAAAUUGGUUAUCCUAAAGCUGAUAGUCUUAAUGGAGAAGAUUUUGACUGGCUGUUUGAGGCUGUUGAAGAUGAGUCGUUUUUGAAAUGGUUUUGUGGGAAUGUGAAUGAACAGAAUGUAUUGUCUGAAAAAGAAUUGGAAGCUUUCAGCAUCCUUCAAAGAUCAGGCAAGCCCAUCUUAGAAGGAACAGCGUUGGAUGAAGCUCUUAGAACUUGUAAAACUUUUGAUUUGAAGACACCUACACUGGAUGACACAGAGAUACAGAAAUUAGAGGAUGAGGUUCAAACUCUGCAGAAAUUAAAGAACUUAAAAAUUCAGCGACGGAAUAAAUACCAGUUGAUGGCUUCUGAAACUAGCUACAAAUCUCUGGCGUUAAAUGCUAAACAAGAGGAAGCUACUAAGAAGCUGAAACAGAGUCAGGGAUUCCUGAAUGCCGUGAAUACUAAGCUCAGUAAUGAACUUCAGGUUCUCACUGAUGGAGUUAAUAAUUUGAUGAUGUUCUUCAGAAAUUCUAAUUUAGGUCAAGGGACAAAUCCAAUGGUAUUUUUAUCUCAGUUUUCCUUGAAAAAAUAUAUAAGCCAAGAAGAGCAGAGCACGGCAGCCUUAACCUUAUAUACCAAAAAGCAGUUCUUUCAGGGUAUACAUGAAGUAGUUGAAAGUUCAAAUGAAGAAAAUUUUCAGCUCUUAGAUAUACAAACACCAUCUAUUUGUGAUAAUGAAGAAAUCCUUGGGGAGAGACGGCUGGAGAUGGCUAGACUGCAGAUAGCAUACAUCUGUGCCCAACAACAGAUCAUAUACUUGAAAGCGAGUAAUUUGAGCAUGAAGUCAAGUAUAAAAUGGGCAGAAGAGAACCUUCAUAGCCUAACCAGCGAGGCUAUUGGUAAAGAAAAUUUGGAUGCUAAAAUUUCUAGCUUGAACAGUGAGAUUCUAAAACUUGAAGAACAAAUCACUCAUAUAAAAGACAAAAUUUUGCCUGCUGUGGUAAAAGAGAAUGCCCAGUUAUUGAACAUGCCAGUUGUAAAGGGAGAUUUUGAUCUGCAGAUUGCGAAACAAGAUUAUUAUACAGCAAGACAAGAGCUAGUUUUAAAUCAGUUGAUAAAGCAGAAGGCUUCAUUUGAGCUUGUACAAUUAUCAUAUGAAAUUGAGUUGAGAAGACAUUGGGAUACAUAUCGGCAACUUGAAAAUUUGGUUCAACAACUUAGUCAAAGAAAUGUGCUCUGUCAGCGAUUAGCAACGUUAACAGAUCCAUCAGCAUCUGAGCAGUUAAACUCCAGGACUCCCAUCGACGCUAAAGAUUAUUCUGCUCAUAGGCUUUAUCAACUUUUAAAAGGAGACAAUAAGAAAAAAGAAUUGUUUAUAACCCAUGAACACCUGGAGGAAGUGGCUGAGAAAUUGAAACAAGAUAUUUCUCUAAUACAAGAUCAGUUGGCAGUAUCUACUCAAGAGCAUUUUUUCUUUCUGUCCAAACUGAAUAACGAUGUGGACAUGCUUUGUGAUGCUUUGUAUCAUGGAGGAAACCAGCUAUUGCUUUGUGAUCAGGAGUUAAUGGAGCACUUUCAUCGAGUUGAAUCUAAGUUGAAUAAACUAAAUCAUCUCCUUACUGAUAUUCUUGCUGAUGUGAAGACAAAAAGAAAAAUUUUGGCAACUAAUAAAUUGCAUCAAGUGGAAAGAGAAUUAUAUGUAUAUUUUUUUAAAGAUGAAGACUAUCUGAAAGAUGUUGUGGAAAAUUUAGAAAACCAGUCAAAGAUUAAGGCCUCUGGUCUUAAAGAUUGAAGAUUUCUAAAAACUGAAUCUUUACGAUGCUUGCUGUGUUUCGAUUUAAGUAUUAGGAGGCUAUUUCUAAUAAACACUAAUAAACUAAUAAGGAAAAUAAAUUUCUUUUACAUUUAUGAGGGGGAGGGAUGCGUGUAUGUACAUUAGUGUGUACCAUGAUGAAUAUGUGAAGGUAAGAGAAUGUCUUGCAGGAAUCGUGUUAUCCUUCUACCACAGAAGCUGUAGGGAUGGAAAUCAGGUCAUCAGUCUUGGUGGCCGUGAUUAACCCGUCUCUUCAGCCUCAGUGCUAAGUUUAUAAAUUUAAGAUCAACAGAACAUUUUAAUAGAUUCAGUGUCAAGUUGAACUUCCCUAAUCUGAAAUUUUUAAAUACUCUGAAACUUUAUAAACAACUGGGAUGUUUCUCAAGUGAAAAAUUCUACAUCUGAUCUUACAUGACAAGUCAGAGUCACAAAAUACAUAAAUUAUGCCGGGCGGUGGUGGCACACGCCUUUAAUCCCAGCACUCGGGAGGCAGAGGCAGGUGGAUCUCUGUGAGUUUGAGGCCAGCCUGGUCUACAAAGUGAGUUCCAGGAAAGACGCAAAACUACAGAGAAACCCUGUCUCCAAAAACAAAAACAAAAAAAACAUAAAUUAUAAAACUACCUUCAGUCUUAUGUGUAUAAAACUUGUCUGAAUAUAAAUGAAUUUCACAUUUUGACUUGGGUUCUGUCCCUAAAAUAUCUAAUUAUAUAUAUACAAAAAUUAAAAUAUCUGAAACAGUUUGGUCCCACUCGUUUAAGUUAGGGGCUAUUCAGUUCGUGACAUUGGUUUUUAACCCAUGUAACCAUUGACAGUAGAAGUACUACACUUUUGUAGCACUGGCUGGCCAGACUGGCUUGAACUUAAUCGAUCUGCCUGCUUUUACCUCUCCAGUGCUGAGAUUAACACCACCACGUCAGGCAUACUACCAAGUCCUUCUCAUAACCUGUUUGCAUGGUGCCACUUAAUCUUGGCAAAUUUUUACUUGCAGGAAGAAAGCAUGUUACACAAAUAUUUUAAAUAUAAUUAAAUCUCCUUAAAUUGGUGUUUUCUAUUGAGUGUUUCAAAAGUUUGUAGAAUUUUGAGUUUUGUUUUUUAAGGUUUUAGUUAUCUGAGGUCAACUGUGAUCUGAAAACACUGAAUUUCAAAAGUCACAGAAACUUUAAGUUGUAUGCUUUCCUAUGUAUGUUGUGGACUCUGAAACCCUGGGAUGUGUUAUACCUUUGUUCAGUGUAUGUAUGCUACAUACUUGACCUUUUUUACUAGUCACUUAAUGCCUGAUAGCUAGCAGAUACAUAGAUUUCUGUACUAUGUGCAGUUUCACUGAAUUUUUGAAUUUUAUCUUCUGUUGGUAAAAUCAUACUAUUGUAUAUUCAAUAACCAGUGUGUUGUAUUAUAAAAUUCUGCUGCUCAAAGUAUUUUCCUCUAAUUCUCUAUUGUAACCUUUGAGAAGUUUAAAUGUGUCUCCUUGUACCAGAGUUUGAGCAUUUCCAUUUUAAGGACUGGGGUCUGGUGGCCCAUAUUAGAGCUUUAACCAGUGUGAUAUAAGUAAUGAAAUUUGAAAUUUAAGUUUCAAAAUUAUGUACAAGUGGUUGCUUAAAGGAUUUAUGAUACAUAUUUAAAUCACUUUCUUAGGAAAGAAAAUGUUGGACAAUUAUUUUAAAGAUUUGAAGUGGCUUUUUAGUUUUUUUAAAUUCUCUUUUUUAAGAUAAGGUCUUAAAUUUUUGUAGCCCAGAUUGGCCUUUAAUUCAUGAUCCUACCUUGACCAUGAUGGGAUUAUCAGUAUAUACCACCACACUCGUCAGCUUAUCAGUUAUUUUAUCAAAUGUUCCCAAAGAGAUCAUUUUAUGAUAUGUCUGUGUCAAAUACUAAAUACUGUAAGAGUUCAGCUAUAAGAAAUGCCUCUAAGAAUAUUCUUUACCUUUGUGAUAUGGUUUACCAGUCUUAAAAACUACAUAUUUUAUGUUUUAUGGACAUUUUUUGGAUAAAACUAUAGACAGAAAAUGGUCAUGCACUGUAUUUUUAUAAUCCAUCAAGCAAAUGCAUUUUUGUCAAUUAUUGUAUCAUGUUACAUAAAUUUAUUUUUGUUAGGUGAACCUAUUGUAGUUGAAAAAAACUUUGACAUUAAAUUUUGUCAUAAAAUUUAACUGUCAGGCCA